AUCCUUAUAUCUUAUAGUAAUAAUUAACCAAAUGUUGCUAUACAAAAACUAGAAUAUGAAGAAUAAUUACAUGUUGUUUAUUACACUUAUUUUCGUCUUAUAUGGUAUUAUUGCUGCCGAUAUUAUAUGCAAAGAUAAAGGAGUUUGUGGAGACGAUGAAACCUGCUGUUUAAUAUCUCCAAAUGUUUUUGGAUGCUGUCCUUAUCCAAAUGCAACAUGCUGUUCAGAUGGUAAUUACUGCUGUCCCAAUGAUUACAUUUGUGAUUUAGAAGAACAUAGCUGUUCUCGUGGUAAUCGUAAAAGAGACAUGUUAGAAAAACAUUCAGCACAGAGGGUUUUAAAAAGUACAAAGAGAAAUCAAAUAGGAAAUGAACUUCAAGUUAAUGUUAGCUUAGAGUUAACAAACCUUGGAAAUGUUUUAUGCCCUGACAAAUGCAGUACUUGUCCAGACUAUACUACAUGUUGCUUGCUGGAGAGUGGAGAGUAUGGUUGCUGUCCUUAUCAAUCUGCUGUUUGUUGCAAUGAUUAUAUACAUUGUUGCCCCCAAAACUAUGUUUGUAACUUACCUAGUUGUGUACCGAACCAAAGAUUUCAGUAUAAAGACUUUACUAAAGUUGCAACUUAUGUUAAAAAAGAAAAUGUGUUAAAUUAUUUUAAUAUUAAAACUGUUACAUGCCCUGACAUGGUUUCAGUGUGCUCAGAAGGCAGCACUUGCUGUGAAAAGCCAGGUGGAAGUUAUACCUGUUGUCCAUAUCCUAAUGCUGAUUGUUGCUCUGAUGGAAUUCAUUGUUGUCCAUCUGGUUACCACUGUAGUUUUGAAACAAAAGGUUGCGUAAAAGAAAACUCUGUUUUACCAAUGUUGCGAAAGCAGAAAGCUAAGAUUAUUCCCCAAAACAUUAUAAAGAUUUUAAAUCCGGAAAAAGAAAUACAGGUUUGUCCUGGUGGCCUAUAUUUUUGCUCAUCAAAAGAAGAAUGCUGUUUAAUAAAACAAGAUGUAUUUGGCUGUUGUCCACAGUCGCAAAUUGUUUCGUGUGAAGAUGAUGCUUAUUACUGCCCUGAACACUCAAAAUGUGACAUAAAAAAUUUUAGGUGCAUUACCUCCAAUGGAUCAUUUGAAAACAUAAUGAAAAAGAGGCUAGCCUCUAUUGUAAAAAGUGCUUUGGCUGAACGGCUUAAUUUGCCUAUUUUAUGUCCUGAUCAAAUUCAUUCAUGUGAUUCUGCUUCUUCAUGUUGUUUACUUAAGAAUGGAACUUAUGGUUGUUGUGCUAUUUCCAAUGCUGUAGUUUGCAAUGAUAACAUUCACCAUUGCCCGCUAGAUUAUAAGUGUGGAAAAACUGGUUGUUAUAAUGCAGAAAAUUCAAUGACUUCAUUAAUGAAAAUAGGUAUUUCUAAACUUACAACUAUUUGUCAUGAUGGUGCCACAUGUUGCCCAAAUAGUUAUACUUGUUGUUUAAUUGGUGAUAAUGUGUAUGGUUGUUGCCCAUUGCCUUAUGCCACAUGCUGUAAUGACAGAAUUCAUUGCUGUCCAUAUGGUUAUAUAUGUAAUUAUGAUGGUACUUGUAGCAAUGAAGUAGAAAAUUUGAAUGCCCUAAAAUUGUUAAAAGGAUUUUCUAAACAUGGUAUUGAAAUAAGUAAAGAUUCAGUUCACACAAACGCCAUUGGUAAAGUGAAGAAUGUGGAAUGUCCAGAUGGAAUUUCUCAGUGUCCCAGUGAUAAUACUUGUUGUACUUUAGAAUCUAGUCAAUAUGGCUGUUGUCCACUGCCUAAUGCAGUGUGUUGUGCUGAUCAUGAGCAUUGCUGUCAAGAGGGUUACAGCUGUGAUGCUGGAGGGUAUUGUACUCGAGGCAAUUUAAGAGUAAAAGGUUUAGUUCACACAAAAGCCAUUGUUAAUGUGAAGAGUGUGGAAUGUCCAGAUGGAAUUUCUCAGUGUCCUAAAAAUAACACUUGUUGUACUUUAGAAUCUGGUCAAUAUGGCUGUUGUCCACUGCCUAAUGCAGUGUGUUGUGCUGACCAUGAGCAUUGUUGCCCGCAUGGUUUCAGUUGUAAUACUGGAGGAUACUGUACUCAAGGCAAUUUAAGAAUCAAAGGUUUAGUUCACACAAAAGCCAUUGUUAAAUUGAAGAAUGUGGAAUGUCCAGAUGGAAUUUCUCAGUGUCCCAGUGAUAACACUUGUUGUACUUUAGAAUCUGGUCAAUAUGGCUGUUGUCCACUGCCUAAUGCAGUGUGUUGUGCUGAUCAUGAGCAUUGCUGUCAAGAGGGUUACAGCUGUGAUGCUGGAGGAUAUUGUACUCGAGGCAAUUUAAGAAUAAAAGGUUUAGUUCACACAAAAGCCAUUGUUAAUUUGAAGAAUGUGGAAUGUCCAGAUGGAAUUUCUCAGUGUCCUGAUAAUAACACUUGUUGUACUUUAGAAUCUGGUCAAUAUGGCUGUUGUCCAUUACCUAAUGCAGUGUGUUGUACUGACCAUGAACAUUGUUGCCCCCAUGGUUUCAGUUGUAUUACUGGAGGGUACUGUACUCAAGGCAAUUUAAGAAUCAAAGGUUUAGUUCACACAAAAGCCAUUGUUAAAUUGAAGAAUGUGAAAUGUCCAGAUGGAAUUUCUCAGUGUCCCAGUGAUAACACUUGUUGUACUUUAGAAUCUGGUCAAUAUGGCUGUUGUCCACUGCCUAAUGCAGUGUGUUGUGGUGAUCAUGAGCAUUGCUGUCAAGAGGGUUACAGCUGUGAUGCUGGAGGGUAUUGUACUCGAGGCAAUUUAAGAGUAAAAGGUUUAGUUCGUACAAAAGCCCUUGUUAAUGUGAAGAAUGUGGAAUGUCCAGAUGGAAUUUCUCAGUGUCCUAAUAAUAACACUUGUUGUGCUUUAGAAUCUGGUCAAUAUGGCUGUUGUCCACUGCCUAAUGCAGUGUGUUGUGCUGACCAUGAGCAUUGUUGCCCGCAUGGUUUCAGUUGUAUUAGUGGAGGAUACUGUACUCAAGGCAAUUUAAGAAUCAAAGGUUUAGUUCACACAAAAGCCAUUGGUAAAGUGAAGAAUAUGUUAUGUCCAGAUCUAAUUUCUCAGUGUCCGGAUGGUAACACUUGUUGUACUUUAGAAUCUGGUCAAUAUGGCUGUUGUCCACUACCUAAUGCAGUGUGUUGUGCUGACCAUAAGCAUUGCUGCCAAAAGGGUUACAGCUGUGACACUGGAGGAUAUUGUACUCGAGGAAAUUUAAGAGUAAAAGGUUUAGUUCGCACAAAAGCCAUUGUUAAUGUGAAGAAUGUGAAGUGUCCAGAUGGAAUUUCUCAGUGUCCUGAUAAUAACACUUGUUGUACUUUAGAAUCUAGUCAAUAUGGCUGUUGUCCACUGCCUAAUGCAGUGUGUUGUGCUGACCAUGAGCAUUGUUGCCCAAAUGGAUACAGUUGUAUGAGUGGAGGGUACUGCACUCGUGGAAAUGUAAAAAUUAAAGGCUUCAUCCGCACAAAAGCUAAUUUGAAAUUGAAAAAUGUUGAUUGCUCAGACAAUAAUGGCUUGUGUAUUUCUAAAGAAGAUCAGAUUUCAGUUGCAAAACCUGCUAUUACAGUUGAUGAUUACACACAAGUUAAUGCAAAUAACCCACUUAGUACAACUGCGAAAGAAGACCAGUUAAAUGAGAAAAAAAAAGACUUCGUUCUGUUUUAAGCAAAUAUUAGGAAAGAAUUUAUUAUUUGAAUUUAUUGUUAAAAAUAAACUUUACAUAAAAUUAACUUCUAAGAAAUAAAUUUAAAUGUUUAUAAAGUAAAAGUGCUUUGAUUCCUUUAUAUAUUUCUUAAUAUAUUUCUUUGUCUUUUCUAAAAAAACGACAACUUUUUAAUACUUAUUUUUUAUGUUGUUUUUUUUUUCUUC